AUGGCUGCGGGUUGUUCAGAGCUGUCGCAGCCGAAGGCUGCCUCCGAAGGGCUGGUCGUGGGACCGGCUGGCGUCGUGCCCUGCCUAGAAUUGCCAACCUACGCUGCCGCUUGCGCGCUGGUGAGUAGCCGCUACUCCUGCCUGGUAGCCGGGCCACACCGGAGGCACAUCGCGUUGUCUCCGCGCUACCUCAACAGGAAACGCACUGGCAUCCGAGAACAGCUCGACGCGGAGCUUCUGCGCUAUUCUGAGAGCCUUUUAGGUGUCCCUGUUGCAUAUGAUAACAUCAAAGUAGUGGGUGAACUGGGAGAUAUUUAUGAUGAUCAAGGACACAUUCAUCUUAACAUUGAAGCAGAUUUUAUUAUUUUCUGCCCUGAACCAGGGCAAAAGCUUAUGGGCACAGUUAAUAAAGUAUCUUCCAGCCACAUAGGCUGUUUAGUACAUGGCUGUUUCAAUGCCUCUAUCCCUAAACCUGAGCAGAUGCCUGCCGAGCAGUGGCAAACCCUGGAGAUAAACGUGGGAGAUGAAGUAGAAUUUGAAGUAUUUCGUUUAGACUCAGAUGCUGCUGGAGUGUUCUGCAUUCGGGGAAAAUUAAAUAUCGCUAGUUUACAAGCCAAAUGCUCUGAAGUUUCUGAAGAAGUAACAGAAACUGUCACUGAAGAAGCUGUUGAAAAACAUCCAAAGAGGAAAAAGAAAAAGAAGAAAGACCUGGAGACUUACGCAGUGGAAGAUGGUACUAUAGAGCAAGUAGAUGUUACUGUAAAGGAAGAAACAGGCCCACAGAUUGGUAACAGCGUGAAGGGCCUCGAGGAGGAAGAGCCAAAGAAGAAGAAGAAGAAGAAAAAGCACCAGGAAGAUCAAGACCAGGACCCUGUUCUCCAAGGCAGUGACUCUAGUGGUUACCAAAGUGACCACAAAAAGAAAAAGAAAAGAAAACAUAGUGAGGAUGCUGAAUUUACCCCAGUUUUGGAACACUUACCUAAAAAGAAAAGGAAAAAGGAAUUUACUGUGUUUUGA